GGCCCGUUCUCAGCGCGCAUUUGCAGUUCGGAAGUACGAUCGGUCGGUUGGUUUUUGUCUCUGCGCGCCCGUCCCAAGCCAUCACUGGCUUGACGUACCGGUGUAUCUUUACCAGUGUGUGUGUGUGUUUCUGUGUGUUUAUUACGUGUUUCUUUGACAUCUCCCGCAAACCGAAACAAGCGCAAAUUCGGAGUUUUUGACAAAUAUUACAGCCCAAUUGCGUGUGAAACCGUUUAACGACCUUGAAACGAAAAGAAGUGCAAACAAAAGUGCAGUGAGCAAACAGCCAAAAGAACAAACAAUCAACGAUACAUAUAUAUAUAUACACAUAUAUAUAUCAACGAUACAAGCGACACCGAAAAGCAAUGACCAGCAAGCAAAGCAACAAGCAAACGAUGCUGCCGGGAUCGUCCCUGGUGGUGCUGGUGGCGCUGGCUGGGCUGGUGAUGGUGCUGCUGCCCGUCGGUACGGUGCCGGCCGUCCACGCCCAGCAGUCGGACCGGGCGGGCGCACUGAUCGAACCGAACGACGCCCUGUACGAUGCCCGGUACGCGCGGAUUGCGAAGGAGAAGCGCGAAUCGUCCCGCCGCCCGGCGACGACCACCGAGGAGGAGCAUGAGUCGGAAGAGUUCUACGGGCUUCCGAUCGAAUACGCACUGCAGCUAUCGGAGCUGAACACGUCCGCAGACAUCCUACCGCUGCUAGAUCCGGACUCCGUCGACAGUCGCAUCUUCAUGGACGGUGGGGAGUACAGUGGACGGGACAUUGGAAUGGAACCGGUAGCGGCAUCCUGCGAGCCGGACUCCGAGCUGGUCAGCCUGCGGCCGGAGAAUCUGACCAGCUCCCGCUACUACUACUACCCGAGCUGUACGCGCGUGAAGCGGUGCAGCGGCUGCUGCAACACCAAGCAGCUCGUCUGCGAGCCCACCGCCAACCGCACCAUCCUUUACAAGGUCACCAUACUGGAGUACCGGCCGAACAAAAAGGAUCGCUUCUCGCACCGCGAGCUGGUGCCGAUCGAGGAGCACGUCCGGUGCAAGUGCCAGUGCCGGGUGAAGGCGUGGCACUGCAACGAGCGUCAGCAGUACAACGCGAACAACUGCCGCUGCGAGUGCACCAACCGGGCGGACCGGGACGAGUGCGCCCUGGACAGCGACAGGAAGCAGUGGAACCCGUCCACCUGCACCUGCGACUGUCUGCCGCGGAACGAGGACUGCACCAGCGGCUCGCACUACGACCGCAACGCGUGCAAGUGUGUCCCGAACAAGCCCUGGCCGGGGCGCACGUGGAACCAAUCGCUGGACGACCGGCGGCGCCUCAUCGUGAAACCGAUCCCGGUAGUAACCGAUCCGUGAGCGGAGUUGCUGCCAUCAGCGGACCCUGCCCCUUCCCUGGCGUCCACAAUCAUCAUCACAGCAACAAAGAAGCAAACGGUCAAGGUCAAACCAAACACAAGGAACCACCGGAAGGACGCGAAAUUUGGGGUGGCACACUCGCGGAAAGUUAUUAAGUUAUUUGUUCGCUCGUAAAGCGCAGGGGGAAACAUAUCGCAGGGACACAGGGUAGGGCGACCUACCGGCAGGGCAGUCAGCGUAAACUUUGUAGUAGGCCGCACAGAUAGCAUUGUUUUUUUUUUUUUUUGUAAAGUAGGAUUUUUAGCUCAGCUCAAGAUGGCGGAAAAUGAGUGGUGUUGGGGCGAAAUGUACUAACAUGGUGGAGAAGUAGGAGUAACAGGUAGGCUGCAAAUUGUUUGCAGUCUAUGAUUGUAAAGCACUAAUUUUUGGGAAUUUUUUUUCAAUUCAAUUCAAUAGUGACACACCAAUUAGAUCAAUCUUUCAACUCUUCGAUACAAUUUUUGUAGUACAGUUUGUUCUUUGUCCCCAAAUAGGCCUCAGUUUCGCCUCUUCAUUAGACGAUAAGUUCUUCCCAGCUUUCUCGAUCUACUUAACUUUACGGUUGUAGUUAAUAAUUUGGUGAAUUUUUUGUAAUGUUUUGAUCGGUAAACAACUCGUUUUGGGCGUCCUCAGUGCUCACAUCACCAUCCAUUUAUACAUAGUAUUCCAAUGCUUGAAGGUUGAUUUUGGUGUAUCUGAAAACUCUUCAUGAAGACUUGUUUAUGCUACAUUUGGAUUCUUCCCUUCAAACACAAAUUGUGUCAUAGAUGGUACAAACUACAAAUAAUAUGGGUUAAAUUCUUCCAGUGCUAUCUAUGUGUUAGGCAACACAAACUUCAUAAUUAUAAUUCAGACCUGUUAGGACAAAUUAAGCGAGAUGAAAAAUAAUGAUAGAAGAACAUCCAUUUUCGGUCCAGAACAUAAUCAAAGCACGCAUUAGUGCUUGUUUUCCAAAAUAAUGCCAUCUUGAGAGAGCGAGAGCGAGAGAGAGAGAGAGAAAGAAAGAAAGAAAGAGAGAGAGAGAGAUAGAGAGAGAUAGAGAGAGAGGAGAAAGAAAAAAAUCGAGAGAAACAAAGCAAACUAUAUAGUUAUAGGAAGAGACUACACACGAAAGCUAGACGACGAAAAUCGGCAUACCAUGCAGAUUGCAUUUUUUAUUUUUUUUUGUUUUGUCGUAUCAACCUCAUCAAAGUAGGAGGCAAAGUUGUAAAGUCUCAUAUAAAAAGAAAUAUUACGAACGAACAUGUACAACGUAAA